AUGUCGUCGUCCCGAACCAUGCGCCCAGCAGAGAAGCGUGCGCGUCAAAGCGCUACACCCACCAACUCACCAUCCGCUGACUCGAUCUCCUCGCUGGCUCGGCCGAUGAAUCGCUCACUCAACUCAUCGGCGAUGCCCCCUUGCUCUGGACCUACCACCGACCUCGCGAAGCUCACUCUGCGUUUCCAGAGACUGAGCCUCAAUCCACCUCGCGUCGUAACUCCUGUUCUCGGCAAGCGCAAGCGUGAUGACGAGGACUACGAAGAGGAAGAGCAUGUGUUGGCCGCUGCUCGAGUUCUCGGCAUUCCCGAGCUGGUAGAGCAGGUCAUGCUGAACCUCUCACCAGCCGAGAUCCUCCUCACCCAAGCCUUUGCUCCGACCUUCCGGACUGUUUAUCAAGACUCCAAGCAGCUCCAACUCAAGACUCUGGAUCGAUUGGACAUCCCGCCCAAGAUUUCUGUCCCCGCAGCAAGCACGCCUGCAAAGCUGAAUCCGCUCCUCGUCGAACGCCACUAUCACGACGAUAACUUUCGAGUCGACGACUACGAGCUGAAGCGUCCUCAAGGAGUGCUCCGUUUCCUGAUGACGGUACGCGAAGGCAUCAUGCCCUUGGCACGUUUGAUAUUCGAUGAGGAGAGCAAGGGUCUCGAGGUUACCGACAAGAGCUCUUUGCUAAAGCAACACAUCUACGACUCCGCCACGACGCUCAAGCUCAGCGUCUUCUGUGGAGCCGAUGAGAUUCAGAGGGAAGAUGGUGGAAUGUGGGAAGUGGACUUGCACGCCGAAGUCAACGUCAAGAACUGCCAGGUCGGCAAGCUGGUCCAGGUCGCUAAGAAGUUGAGAAGCGGGAGCGACUUCAGUUUCGUCCAUAGCAAGAGGAACGGGCAGUCACCUUGGGGACCUUCGCACACCGCCAAGUUCCGCCUGACGAACAUUGACCCGGAGUUGCUGGAUGUCAUUGUGGGCCAGGUCACGCUUCAUGAUCGCCUUGUUCGUCAGAUCAGAGGUGGAUGA